ACAGACAAUGCAUCGCAUAGACCCUCGGUUGGCGUAUAACGAAUGGAUGCGACAGGGCUAGCAUGGCGGUGAUGGGGUUUGGAGAUAUGCGAGCACGCGUGGGCUACCGGCUCAAGAUUGGACUAGUGGUGAUCGUCAGCAUGGUCAUGGGGUUCUUUAAUGAAAGUCAAGGCUCGGCGCAUUACGGGGAGGACAGCGUGGGGUCAUUCCCGUACUUCGAGUAUAAUGUGCCGAGGAAUGUGACUACGGUGGUCGGCCAGACCGCCUUCCUGCAUUGUCGGGUUGAACAGCUUGGCGAUAAAGCGGUAUCUUGGAUACGGAAAAGAGAUCUUCAUAUACUUACUGCUGGAAUUUUGACUUACACUUCGGAUCAGAGGUUUCAAGUCAUACGGCCAGACAAAUCAGAAAACUGGACUUUGCAGAUCAAGUUUCCUCAAGAAAGGGAUGCUGGAAUCUACGAAUGUCAAGUGAACACUGAACCGAAGAUGUCAUUGGCAUUUCAACUUAAUGUUGUUGAAGCAAAAGCAAAAGUCCUCGGCCCCGCAGACCUGUACGUGAAGACCGGCAGCCUUCUCUCUCUCACGUGCAUCCUGAGUCAGGGCCCUCAUGACUUGGGGACGAUAUUUUGGUAUAAGGGAUCAAAAUUAAUAGAAUAUAAGGAAGUGGAGGCGAACGAAAUAGUGGAGGAGCCGAGAGUCCGCUUGAAAACAGAAUGGACGGAGCAGCUUACGUCACGAUUAACUAUCGACAAGCUGCUGCCGACUGACAGCGGGAACUACAGCUGCGUGCCCACCAUGGCCGAGGCAGCCUCCGUCAAUGUUCACGUUAUAAACGGCGAACAUCCUGCCGCAAUGCAGCACGGCAACGCGAACACAGCAUCUCCCUGCGCGCUGUCGGUCAACCUCCUCAUCUCUCUGUACUGCACGCUCGCUACUCUGUACACCAACACUGUGGACGGCUUCAGAUGAAAGUUACACAAGUUAUCUUAACAGAGUAGACAUGAACAAUUGUAAAUUAUAUAGAUACUACAAUGUUAGCCUGCAAUGGUCAGAUAUAUCUCAUAUGUAUGUUUAUAUUUAUUUUCAACCUAUGUUCUGAAUGUCAUAUUAUGAAUGCUGAAGGUCCGUCACCCUGUGCUCCUACCAUAGGUAAGUAUGAUUUUUAAGGGUCCACAUCUUCAUCAUCCAAGUAUAAAAUCCACCAAACCCUUAACUUCGUAUCAACCCUUUGCUAUCUCUCUCCAGUCGGUCCCUCAUGAUUGAGGAUCGUGACCAUCUUGGUGAGUCAUCUUUCGGUAAACAAUGUUUUACCAUCGAGUACAGUCGUUAAUCAUUUGGACGGUGUUUUAUGAAUGAAUGAAUGAAUGUUGAAGGUAAACGGCCACGAGGUAAAUAUCUAACCUGUCGGAUCUACCCAAACCUUUGCUAGAGACUCUUAAAGUUUGAUCUUUAUUAGUGUAUAUGUGACGGCAAAACCAAGUGAUUGGAAGCCACAGUCAGCAAUCACUUAGAUCGCAGUGAUGAUUUGUCAUAUUAUGCUGAGGCAAAUUAAGGUUGAGGUCUGUCUACCUUAUAAAGCUACCAAUGUCUAUAAUUGGCUCGUGCGGGUUAACGUGACACCUGGCUCUAAUGAUGUUUGUACUGAGUUUGUUUGGCUGUAUUUUGUAGUCAGGUUAAUACGCACGAGUUAUAUUUACCUAUGGUAGGAGUUUGUGCUUAUAAACCUUCAUAAAAUGAGGCAUGUCUAACUAUCGCAAGCUCUCGGUCUAACCGUCACGGUUGAAGCUAAACGUUUCAUGGUAAAAAAUAAGAAAUUUCGUUCUAUACAACUUAUUUGCCUAUACUUCCAAAAUUACAUUUUAAUUGAAUUACUACAAAUUUAUGAUGAUUUUCCAUUAUUCUCAAUACGUUGUAGACUGUAAAAGCGAUAGCACAACUUGUUUAAUAUAUUUAGUUAUUAUUAGUGAAUAAAAAUAUUAUUAUGCGGUUAUGAAGUCCGUUACUUUGUUAUAAACUUAUGACGAUUCCGAUAAAAAUGUGACAGCGCUGGUGGAAAAAACAGUUGGCACACUUUUGUACGAAUAAAACAAAAAGGCGUCUUUUUAACAUAAAACGUUUUGCAUUGAAUCGACGUUAAAUUGUAUAAAAAAAAAUCCACUUUGUAUAGAAAAAUACUACCAGAGCCGCACUUGGAAUGAAAUCAAAAGCCAUUUUUGUUUUAGCGAAACAGCUAGCUGGUUUUGCCUAAACUGUUUUAUAUGUUUGUAAUAAAAUAUCAUAGUUGUGCAUUUUUGUGAUUGGUAUGUUUUUGAGAGUGAACGACAAGGAUUUAUUAAAAUGAAAUAAUUUUCCAAAGCUAGGUUACAUUUUACCCGUCAAGUCUGAUUUUAUAUUUAUUUACAAGGUAAUUAAUACCUUUAAUUAUUAUUAAUUUAAUUUUUAAUUUAACAUAUUGAACUUAAGUUGCAAAGAAUACUCGUAGUUGUGAUAAGGCUCAAAGUGGAAUAAAUUCGAAAAAAAUAUUUUUUUUUUUGGUCAAUGUACCAGUACCUUAUGAUUUCUGUGUCUAUGAAUAAUUAUAAGAAUAAAAAUGUAUAAAUAUAUUUGGAUAAACACCACCACACAAUAAACAUUUUUUACCAUUUAUCAAGUGCGGCUCUAACGUAACAGAUUUUAAGAACAAAUUGUCAAUAAAUAAAUAUUACAAAUAGCAAAUUUAUUUCAUCGAAAUGAAAUAAUUUUAUAAAUAUUAAAAUGAAUUCAUAUUAUUAUAAUAGUAAGUAAUAAGUUAAUACAUAGUAUCAGUCGAAAUAGAUAUAGAUUUUAAAAGAUUUUUCUUUACUUUUAUCGUAUCUUAUCAGACUGAGUAUAAUAAUAAGUUAGAAUCAAAAUUGUGUAUAUAAUUUUUCCUCUAUUUUUUUCUACAAUUACCUAACCUAGUUAUUCUACUUCCGGAAGACAGCCAACAGGAAGAAUAUUUUUUUUUAUUACGGAUUUUUUUAUAUUUUGUACAUAAACAAAAUUUAAUUAUCACGUAUUUUUUCUUUGUUUUUUUUUUAACACGAAAAUAACAAAGUUAUCAUUAACUAAAGUUAUUUAAUUUAAACAGAAUUUGAGUGUCACCCUAUCGCCGUACUAGGUAAUAGGUAACAACAAAAUCAGUUGGUAGGUUAGCGAGCGCCCGCGCCGAGGGCCAUUGACCUUUGUGCGUUUAUUAUAUUUUCGUUUGAUACCUAUCUACCUAUUUUAUGAUUAAAGAACGUCAGGAAGUGCCGCCAGCAGUUGCAUAGUUUGUUUGGUAAUAAUGUGUCCAUUAUUUUGUUAUUUUUGAGUCAUAAAUUGAAAAAAAAAUAUUUUAUAAAAUGUACCGAAUUGUUGGUAGAUUUAUGUUCUAUGAAUGAUACAGAAUCACGAAAAUAUCCACACUAAAGACCAAAUCACCCUGUAUGUAGUAGUAAAUUAACAGCCUUUGAGUUUGUACAGACAACACAGCAGGAAUACGUUGAAUAUAAAUUUUUAGUAAUAGACGCCCGUGACUUCGUACGCAUGAAAUUCAGUUUUUCACAAAUCUUGCGGGAAUCAUUCCCGAUCUCGAAGAAUAAUUGCUUUGGCUGGUGGGAGGCUUCGGCCGUGGCUAGAUACACACAAUGUGUAUGCAACUAGCCUUAACACUUGACUAAGCCGAACUACUGCAUCCACAUCCUCUUCCGGAAAUAGAAAGUCUCUACUUAUUUUUAUCUAAAAGUAGGAUGUUAUUCAGUAGAAACGAUUCUCAGCAAAUGAAUGCGGUAUCAAAGAGAUGUAGUUCGAUAUCAAUUAAUGUUUUGAAUUUCAAAGGUUGUACCAUCUAAUUGGUCUUAUGUAAAUUUUGAUAAACGACUUUGCUGACAAAGAAAAAAAAAAAGAAAAUGAAAACAAUGGCAAUUAGCGGUACAGUUUAAACAACAAGUACUCGUAACAUACUUUGAAGCCUGUUUUUUUUGUUACAACUGACUAUAACACUGACGCAAUUGCUUAUUCGUAGCUUGCAACUUCAAUUUUGAGCUCUGUGAAAAUUCUGGCCUUAUAUAAUUCUGAGCCUUAGCUCAAGUUUGAUUACAUGUAACAUGAGACUAAAUGACGAUACUAUAUAAGAUAAUGGAUUAGGGGCGCGUUUCCACUAUUUAUUUAUUUACAUUAAAUAUAUCGUAUCUAUAACGUCUAUAGGUAUAUAACGACUUUACCGUUGACCGAUGGCACCUGUCUUUCUACUAUAUCUAUUUAUCUUUAAAUAUAGUAUAAAAAAUGAGCAAACUUACUAAUAGUAAAAUUAUUUUGCUGAUCCAAGCAGGAAAGCGAAAUAUCGCCUACAAGAGAAACGCAUAAGAAACUGCGUGUAAGAGUAUUAUAUUUUAAAAAAUUUUAUUUUAUUGUAAAAAAAAACAUUAGUUAUUUCUCAAUGCAUUUUAAAUUGUAACAAUAACUACUUAGAAUUCAAAACAUUGAGCAAAUAUUUAUUUACUGCUACAAAUAUACCCAUUAUGAAAGCAUUACCAAAUUAUAUUUUUUUACUCCAACAAUGUGUUCGAAAUACUUGUUUAUAAAAACAUAAGAAGAAUACGAAAAAUAAUGAGAUACUUGAUAGGAUGGUAAACAUAAUCCGUUUCCUUUUUCCCUUUACAAUUUAGCAAAAAAGAUAAAUUCCAAAGACGUUUUACACGUAGCAUUUAUUAAGAUAAAUUUAUACUUAUUAAUUUGAUAUUUGAGUUUGUUGAACUGGUAUCUAACUCAGGCGUUUAGUGAAAGUUUUUACUUGAUUGAACUUUCAUUAAUUUCACCAAACCUGUCAACGCAACAUCCGAGGGCCUAGUGGCAGUUUGAUACUUCACUAUCGUGUUAACGUGAACGCGAAUUUCUAAGGAAUUGGAACAGCGCCAUCUAGUGGCACUACUGCACAACUGUUUCAAUUCCAUAUAAAUUCGCUUUUACGUCAACGCGAUAGUAACAGUAUGAAAAUAUUGAAAACUCGCACUAGGUACACAAGUGGCUUUUUUUUUCGAUUGGGUUUAUGGUAUUAGGCUAACCCAUUGGUUGGAAACCAGCUGACGAAUAGACGAGAAGACCUAUAGCUGUGGACAGCUUGCAAAGAAUCGGACACCGUUUAUUUUCGAUUCAGAUAGAAAAGUAUGAGUGUCGAUCGUAUAUGAGUAUACCCGGAAUCGAACGAGUAGAUUACACAAAAAGACAGGAUAAAAGGGCAUAAUAAAAAAAAAAAAUCUUUAUUCGCAGCAGCCUACUGAUUCCCCAUAUUUUUUUUUGUGGGGGAAAAUCCUCAUGGACUUUCGUCAAGGUAGUGUCGGGCUUUUAGCAGCACUACCUGAGGUGAACUCCAUCAAAAUAUUCCCCUUAAUCGACCUAAAUACUCUUCUACCGAACAAAAUCGAAUUUCCUUUGCGAUUGAGUGUAAAUAAAUCAAUCGCGACUACAUAAUUGUAUUAAUCGUUAUUCGCUGGCAUCUAGUUAAUGAUUUGCUGAAUUCGGUGUGUUGAAUUCUAAUAAUUUGAUAAUUAACCGACUUUAAAAAAAGUAGGAGGUUUUCGAUUUGACUAUAUGACUUUUUUUAAUGUUGGUUAUUUGUGUUAAAAUCAAAAUAACUGAAAUACGUCUUUGAACGGUACGGUUCCAUUUUUAUGUUAAAAAGAUUAUUCACGCCCGACUGAACAAAUUUAGUGAUUUACGAAUAUGAAUUAUUUUAUAUUCGCACGUGUUAAAUAUUAAAAAUAUUCUUAUUAUGUACUGUGAAAAAAAUGUUAAAAUUAUGGACCUAUUCACAAACAAUAAAACUAAAUUUUUAAAGCAAUAUUUUACACAAAAUUAUUAAAAGUAUGUAACUGAAUUUUCUGUAAAUACUCGUACUUUCUAUGUUAACAAUAAUAAUAUUAUAAACACUAAACACUGUUCGAAAUAGCACCAAAGUUUUAUUGUAGUUAAUUUGCUAGAGGUUUAUAAUUAGAAUUAUUUAAAAAUAAUUUAUUUGAUAAAUUGUAAGAUAAUUUGUAAAUACGGUGUAAAUAGUAAAUUUUUAAUAUUAUAUUAUAAUUUAUGGUAACAUUGUUUUUGCACUCAUCGAAUGGAAAACUGGUAAAAUUGUACGGAAAAUUUAAAUAUGGAAAUAAUGUAGGAUUUACCAGAGGAGGGAUAUGUAACAAAUAGUUUUAAGGUAAACUUUGACAAAUAAAUCAUAGUA